GAGAUGUCAAAAGAUAAUCAAGUUUAAUUACCGAUAGUUUUUGAGUUUUCAUGACUCAUUUUUUUUUUUUCAAAUGCAAAUAAUGAAUACUUUCAAUAAUAAAGCAUAAAAAUAACUUUUAGAAUACACUUGAACAAUGAAAUGAGUGUCUCUUUAGACAUAUAAAUACCCAGUUUAAAAAGAACUUUUUCUAUAUGUAUCCAUAUGCAAUCUAGCAAAAUAUUCCUUCGUCACCUUUGUUUUGACUGUGAAGAAACGCUUUCUUCGCCUAGUGCUCUUAUCAAUCAUCUCAAGAAUCGUCAUCAAAUGUUUGUUAAACCCAGACCAAGUGGACUCAAGCGACCUAAAGAGAGAAAUGUGAGUUAUAUAACCAAGAGUAAGGACAUAGACCCAGAAACGAUCAUUAGGUAUGCUUGUCCUUCCUGCUGGUUUGAAUGUGAAGAUAAAGAGACCCAUCGACAACAUAUCAUUGAAGAACACUUGAAUGAUUUUCCUACAGAUGAAGAAGGUGAAGACCAGGAACAAAAUCAAAAAAAUAGCAAGAAUGAUAAAUUUGAUACCAAAUCAAUUCAUGAAAGGGAAAAUGAAAUCUUGGCCAUGUUGGAUGAUUUGGUCAACAACUUCAAGAGCCUUUUCUCAGCCAAAAGAAACUAGAAUUUCAUUGCUAUCAUCAAUAAAAAAAAAGAGGAAAGAAAGGAGCUUAUUCUUUGUUUGAUCUAAUGAAAUACUUCUG